GGUUUUUUGGCCAGCAGCUUGUGCGGCUCUCUGUGUUCGCUCUCAGCGAUGGGCUCUGCUGGAAGAUGGAUGCUGCUCACCCUGUGCGUGUGUUUCAGCACUCUGGAGAACUGUGAGUACGUCUGUGUGCCGUCUUAAGCUUUGACACCAAUUCAGUGAGACAUGGUGAGAAAUAUUGCUAAAUUUGUUCAUGCUGCCACAGCUUCAAGUGACUUCAGGGGGGUAUGUAAAGUAUGAGAAAUUGUUGAUUUUGGUUGCAAAUCCUCAUACCAAUUCAAGAGAAAAGAGAGUGUUUUUUUCUAUUGCUUGAUUGCUUAAAUGACAUAGGAUAAUCCAGAAUGUGCACUGGAAAUGUUUAAUGUAGACAUUACUCAAAACAAAUAUGCUCCAUAUCAAGACUGAAGAUCUGUAUCUUUCAGAAACAUGUUAAAAAUGUCCAUUGUAAUUUUUUAACAGAAAAAAAUCUACUGGUAAUAUUUUUGGAUGAUGCCAAUUUUAAGGUUUUAACCCUAUAAUACCUGAAACCACAAAUUAUGGCCAGAAAAUGCAAUUUUUUCUGGAAAACCAAAAAAAUCAAAAUUUUACAAAUAUAUUUAUUUAUCUCGUUUGAUGCAUCAGAUGUUUUUGGAAACUGAUAAUCACAAGAGGGCAUUUUUAUCAUUUAUUGGACUGUGUUAAGAUGUUUUUUUUUUAGUAAUUUGUUGAUCAUAUUGAUUGAUAGAAGUAUUAUAAAAGUAUGUAUGCAAUAUAAUACAGUCAAUAAAGGGUUGAACAAAAAAAUAACACUGGACUAAUGACCUUUAUUAAAAUUAGGACCCAACCCUCAAAGGAAGCUCCUCAUUUUUUAUGAAGUCUUAGAAUAAAACUCCCUGACAGGCAUUUAUUACAGUUUCUUUUGUCACAAAGCCUUUGCUUGUUUUUAUAAAUGUCUGUUUUUUUGACAUUUUCACAAACUGAUAAUCUACACAGAGACAAUGUCAUUUAUUGACAGUGUGUUUUCAUCCCAGUGAAGUAGGCUGUUGUUCCACUCAGUCUGUGACCGGUUUGGCUUACACUCAAAACUGUCAAGUGUAAUUAACAACCAAUAUGCAGACCGAAUUCCCACACACACACCACAAAAGGCCUGGGGAUGACAGCGAAGAGGGGGGAGGGUUCAUUAUUUCAGUAAUGAAGGAGGAGAGGGAGGAGAGCUGCAGUCUGCACAACAGAAAGGACAACCAGUCAAAACAGAAAAUGAAGACAUGAAUCCUUCAUUGAGGGGCUGCUUGUGCCACAUCCCAGAUACGUGCUGUCUCACUUUUGUCUUCCCUUUUUUUUAUGAAUGGUUAUCCCCACAGUGGCACUCAGGGUGACCAUGAGGGAAUCCAGUCUCAAGGUGGUCCAAGGAGAUUUCGUUAUCUUACCCUGUUCCUUCUUCACCUCCAGUCCCCUCUCCAGACUCAAUGUCAUCUGGACGCUGGCUCCUUUCUCCAGUCCAGAAACCCCAAUACAGGUCUGAAUCCUGUCACACACUCACAUACACUUCUGUUUGGUCCUCUCAUGCUCACCAGGCCGCUGCUUUUUAAACUGAAUGGAUCACAAGUUUUUGGUUACAGAUUCAGUGGAAGUAUGAGCCAAAAAUCAACCUAUAACAGAACACAAGUUUUCAAACCGCUUCUCUUAAUAUCCAAAUCAAACACACCACCACCACAGCAAACAGAUCAUCUGAUUAUUACGAAUCCCUUAUUUACCUCUAGGUGAUAGUGUACGACCAUGGACAGGUGAUUGAAGACCCCACCCUGAUCGGCAGGGUGGGUUUUACAGGUAUGACCAGUGUUACCCUUUUCAUAUGAAUUUAGUUCUGAGAUGUUGUUUUAGAACCCUGCAGAGAUUAGCAGGAAAAAUGAUAUUAACUCCACGUUCACUAUCUGAAGGUAUCCCCUGGAGUGCAGACAUCGUGCUGAAUGACACUCGAGUAUCAGAUGCAGGUAUAUAUCGCUGCAUGGUCAAUAACCCACCAGAAACAGCAGAUCCCGGCAUCGGAGAGCUGGAGCUCAGCAUCCUGGGUAUGUUGGUGCGUCACAUAUCACACAAACUAGAUAGUAGAUAAAUAGAUAGAUACUUUAUUUAUCCCUGAGGAAAUUCAUUAUCAAUCUAGCAGAGGUGGCUAGUUCAGAGGCUAUUUCAUUAUACUGUAAACUCUGAAUGCAUCAGUGUAUCAUUUUUAGAUUUUAGACAACACAAUGAGGACAUCCUUAAUCCUAUCUGCCAUGGGGUGUAGUAAAAAAAAUUACAUUGUACAUACACUUCUAAGUUGUACUAUCUGUCCAGUAUAUGUUAUAAUCAAGACCCAAACAAAUGUAUUAAUCCUUAAAAAGUUGGCCUUUCCCUAUUACCCAAUUUUCCCAAGAGUUUGAUAUUUGAGAGAGAGAGAAAUUCCUCAAAAAUACCUGAACAAUUGUCAAACAGUGUGGUGCACAGAUCUAUUAUCUCAAAAGGAUCAACCGCUUUAACUUGGUGAUCCCCAAACUCAAUUUCUGGUGUGUAUCAUCACAUCAAAGUUCAAUUUCGCAGUGGUUUUGUUUGACGUUUGAUAUUCUACAGUGCUAGUUAGAAAGAAAGAAUGCUGGUUUAUACACUUAAACAGUUUUAUUUGAAUGGAAAUAGUAUCACACUUAAGUGGCUUUGUUAUCAACUUUGUUAUCACAGUGCUAACAUCAUUUAUCUUGAAAAAACUUCUUUUAUGAGAAUCAAAAAAUUUCACGCUUAAGAAAUUUGUGUGAUUAUGUCAUAGCACCACCCUCACUUCCUGAGUGUCAGUGGGAUGGAGACAUCGAUGUUGGGGGAAGUGUCACCUUGUCCUGUUCAGUGACCGAGGGUGUUCCCACUCCAGACAUUCACUGGGAAAAAGUCAAUCCAGAGGAAAUCCCACUUCCUGUAAAUAUGGAAGGUAGGUGUUACACACAAUCACACACAAACAAAGAGAGGGAGUCUUUACUUCACGUCUUUCCAUGCGUCCAAAAUAUAGUAUAGAAACCAGUCUGCAGUGCUCCAAGUUUCCUCAUGUUUAGCUACAGCAUAUAGCAAAUGUAACAAAGACAAAAGUUGCCCUAGUUUUUUUCAUAGUUGUAUUUUGUUUCGCUUUGAUUUUGAUUUUGGCUCCCCAUAAAAGUUCUUAAUGGUCAGGAGUGUCACAUCUUAAAGGACUCACAGUGCCCUCUAGUAUCCCUCUGGUACAUUACACUUCAGGCUCACUCAUAGUGCUCAUGGAUAGUUUACAAUGUGGACCAUGUCACUUCAUUUCUGCUUGUAGUGAGAUGUAAUUUUUUAAGUAAUUUUUUUGGUUUAAGUUUCAUUUUUAAAAUUGAUUCUUAUAUUUCCUAUCAGUCAUUCUGCACCGAUUUAAUACAAUUUUAGGUAAAUUACCUUUUUCUCUCACCGGUCUUUCAUUAUGAAUUGUUGCUGUCUUUAUUCUGUCUGGUGUGCAUGAAGCACUUUGAGCUGCUUGCUUGAAUGCAUGACAGGUGCUCCAUGAGGCUCCUUCUCAAUUCUGCUAAUCUAGUGCAGAACGCUGCAGGAGCUGACAUGAGUCAACAGAUCUGUCAGUCAGUCAUCUUUCUCAAGUUAAAUCACUAAUUGAAAAUAAUCCUUUCAGAAAAAAUGCACAUGAAUAUAAUCUGCAUGAUAAGGACUAACUACACUGAGAGAAACCAUGUUUGAGAAGAAAAAUAAUAAUUUGACUUUUAUUUUAUUUUUUUAGUUUGAUCUGUUGACACAUAAUGAAGGCAGAGUUUUUUUUAUCUAUACUCCAACCAGUCAAUAGAGGGAGCUCUAGAACUUUUGACUGCACUGUCAUAGUAUCCAUUUUAAGAUACUGUUUUCCUCAGUCCCUAAACAUAGUAUGGGAGGUAGAGUUUUGACCUAUUAGGAAUCAUCAGGGUCAAUGAGGGAAACCCUACCUCUAUUUUCAGAGGAGGCUUGAAAAGCUCCUUUCUGGUCAAGCUAAAACUUGGUUCUGGUUCAGGCUUAAAACAGCUCUUUGUUAUGAGCCUGUCUGUCUCGGACCCCCAGAGUAGCUGGUACACUGAGUUUCUGAUCCUUCUGAGCUCUCUUAACUUGUACGCCCCUCUAGAUUGCUGAAUUCUGCUGAGGACUAUUUUUCUUUAAACUUAAAUCAAGAACAAGAAUAAGAAGAAGAACUUUAUUGAUCCCUGAAGGGAAAUCCAAUCGUCUGUCAUCUCAUUUUUCAUGUCUCUAAGAGUCAUCUACUAUUCACAGAAGAGUUGUAAAGUCUGAUAGCUGUGGGUACAAAAGAUCUUCUGAAUCUUUCUGUCCUGCAGCGAAGAGAGAGGAGCCGUCCACCACCAUUGGCCCUUUGAUCCAUUAAGGUGUUGUGAAGUGGGUGAUCCAUGUUCUUUAGAAUAGUCUCCACCUUCCUCAGUGUAGAUCUCUCCACCACAUCCUCCACAGAGCCCAGCUUGAAUCCAACCACAGAGCCAGAAUAGAUUUUCAAAAAUUCAUUUCCAUCAAAGAAAUGUUGACCCCCACAUGUCACAUUAAACGACUGUUUUCACAGCCUGUGACAAGCUAAAAAAACAAACAUCAGCUCAAUGACUAACCCUCUUUGCUUUCCUCUCUAUCAUGAAGAUGAUCUGUCUGGCUCGGUCCAAAUCAUCAAUGUGUCAUCUCAGACGUCUGGCCUGUAUCGCUGCUCUGCCACCAACCUCCUUGGGACAGAGAACUGCUACGUCAACUUAUCCAUCUACACCAGUAAGUGCAUCUCCACCCAGAGUCCUCUGGAGCCUUAAGUACAGGCCGUACACUGAUUUCUACUCUAAGAUCUACUUUGUGCCUUGGUCUGCAGCCCCUGACAGUUCCUCUGGCAUGCUGCAGGGUGUGCUGCUCACCUUGUCUAUGAGCCUGCUGCUGCUCGCUCUGCUGGUGCUCGUGCUGUGGCUCCACCGCACAGGGCAGGAUGGAAGGAGGUGGAGGGAGCGGAAAGAAGAGGAGGAAGAGGAGUGUUACAAUGAGAUACGGUACACUCCGUCUCUUAUGAAGCGCUCAUUUGUUUGAUUUCAACAUCCUCUGGGAUUAAAAAUAAAUGUUUCAUCAGCUUUCAAAUCAGCUUUUGUGAAGGAGCCUUGUUUCACCUUUGUUUGUACGAUCUGUGCUGCUCUGCGGCAUAUUUUUCUCUCUCCAAAAUAAAGAUGUUAAUGUUG